AUGAGCGACAUUAAACUGCCCCCUUCAAGUCGCGUACCGCAGCCAGUCUGGUGGAAACGCGGACGGGAGGCACAGCCCGGCGAUCAAGCUCGAACAAUUGACCGAAUCGAGCGCUACGAGAAGAGAGAGGGUCCAGAACUCCCGACCCAUCUCGCCUUUCGCCCUCUUCCAGACUCUCUCCCCUCCAUCAAACCCCCUGCGAUGGAACGCUGA